CCGGGCGCAACAUGGCUGCGGCCGCCGCCUCCGCCUCCCAGGACGAGCUGAAUCAGCUCGAACGGGUCUUUUUACGACUUGGCCAUGCUGAAACAGAUGAACAAUUACAAAAUAUUAUAUCUAAAUUCCUUCCUCCUGUUUUGCUCAAACUGUCCAGCACCCAAGAAGGAGUACGGAAAAAGGUAAUGGAACUGCUGGUCCAUCUGAACAAACGUAUAAAAAGCCGCCCCAAAAUACAACUCCCAGUAGAGACAUUAUUGGUUCAGUACCAGGACCCUGCUGCAGUUUCCUUUGUCACGAAUUUCACUAUAAUUUAUGUUAAGAUGGGCUAUCCUCGCCUGCCAGUGGAAAAACAAUGUGAAUUGGCCCCUACACUUCUUACUGCCAUGGAAGGGAAGCCUCAGCCACAGCAGGAUAGCUUAAUGCAUCUUUUAAUACCAACCCUUUUCCACAUGAAAUACCCAGCUGAAUCAUCAAAAUCAGCUUCUCCUUUUAAUCUUGCUGAGAAACCAAAGACUGUGCAGCUGCUUUUGGACUUUAUGCUAGAUGUCCUUCUGAUGCCUUAUGGAUAUGUGUUAAAUGAAUCCCAGAGUCGCCAAAAUUCAUCUUCAUCACAGGGUUCUUCUUCAAACAGUGGGGGAGGUUCUGGAAUCCCACAGCCUCCCCCAGGAAUGAGCUUUUAUGCAGCUAAACGAGUUAUUGGUGAUAACCCAUGGACACCUGAACAGUUGGAACAGUGCAAGUUGGGCAUAGUGAAAUUCAUAGAAGCCGAGCAGGUGCCUGAGCUCGAAGCUGUUCUCCACCUGGUGAUCGCUUCUAGUGACACUCGCCAUAGUGUGGCGACUGCGGCAGACCUGGAGUUGAAAAGCAAGCAGAGUUUAAUUGACUGGAAUAAUCCUGCCAUCAUUAAUAAGAUGUACAAAGUAUACCUUGGGGAUAUACCACUGAAGACAAAAGAGGGAGCAGUUCUAAAGCCAGAGCUGAAAAGAGACCCGGUCAGUACCAGAGUGAAGUUAAAGAUUGUCCCUCAUCUCCUUCGUUCUAGACAGGCUGCUGAAACAUUCCCAGCUAACAUUCAGGUGGUGUAUGAUGGGCUUUUUGGUACAAAUACAAAUUCAAAGUUAAGAACAUUGUCCCUGCAAUUUGUACAUCACAUUUGUAUAACCUGCCCAGAAAUCAAGAUUAAGCCACUAGGUCCUAUGCUUUUGAAUGGUCUCACUAAGUUAAUAAAUGAAUAUAAAGAGGACCCUAAACUGUUGUCAAUGGCAUAUUCAGCUGUUGGAAAACUCUCCAGUCGAAUGCCCCAUUUAUUCACUAAGGAUAUAGCUCUUGUGCAACAGCUUUUCGAAGCCCUGUGUAAGGAAGAGCCUGAGACUCGACUUGCCAUUCAGGAAGCAUUAUCUAUGAUGGUUGGAGCGUAUAGUACCUUAGAAGGAGCACAGAGAACUUUAAUGGAGGCACUUGUAGCUUCAUAUUUAAUAAAGCCUGAAGUUCAAGUUCGGCAAGUUGCGGUGAAAUUUGCCAGCACGGUGUUUCCCUCAGAUCAUAUACCUUCCAGAUACUUGCUCCUACUAGCCGCUGGAGACCCACGAGAAGAAGUCCAUGGUGAAGCACAACGUGUAUUACGAUGUCUUCCUGGUAGAAACAAAAAGGAAAGCACUUCUAAGCAGAUGCCAUCUUUUCCAGAAAUGGUAUAUUACAUUCAAGAAAAGGCUUCCCAUCGAAUGAAAACUCCAGUCAAAUACAUGACUGGAACUACUGUCCUUCCAUUUAACCCAGCAGCAUUUGGAGAGAUAGUCCUGUACUUGCGCAUGUGCCUGGCUCAUAGUGCAGGAGUGGUGCCCACCUCUCAGAGUUUGGCUGAUAUGCAAGAUCAUGCUCCAGCCAUUGGACGGUACAUUCGGACGUUAAUGUCAAGCAGCCAGGCGACAGCUUCAUCUUCUACUAAGAGUGGAGAGACCAACCCUGUUCAGAUCUACAUUGGCCUGCUUCAACAGCUAUUAGCAGGGGUUGGAGGUUUGCCAGUCAUGUACUGUCUAUUGGAAGCUGUGUCAGUGUAUCCAGAAAAAUUGGCUACCAAAUUUGUAGACAAAACAGAAUGGAUCAAGAGUCUGAUGAGUAGCAGUAAAGAAGAAAUGCGUGAAUUGGCGGCUUUGUUUUAUUCUGUAGUUGUGUCAACAGUGUCCGGAAAUGAAUUAAAGUCAAUGAUAGAACAACUUAUAAAGGCUACAAAAGACAAUCAUAGCCCUGAGGUACAACAUGGAUCCUUGCUUGCAUUGGGAUUCACUGUGGGAAGAUACUUGGCUAAGAAGAGAAUGAGAACUGCAGAGCAGCACAACCUGGAGACAGAUGCUGAUCUCUUGCCUGAGCAAGAGGAGCUCAUUCGGAGUGCUACAGAAACAAUAGGUUCAUUUUUAGACAGUACAUCACCUCUCUUGGCAAUUGCUGCCUGCACAGCCCUGGGUGAAAUUGGCAGAAAUGGUCCUCUCCCAAUCCCCAGUGAAGGAUCUGGAUUUACCAAACUGCAUCUGGUAGAAAGCUUACUCAAUAGAAUCCCUUCCAGUAAAGAAACAAAUAAGAUGAAAGAACGAGCAAUCCAAACAUUGGGCUAUUUUCCAGUUGGGGAUGGGGGUUUUCCCCACCAGAAACUCCUUUUGCGAGGUCUGAUGGAUUCUGUGGAGGCCAAGCAGAUCGAACUUCAGUUCACUAUUGGUGAAGCGAUCACCAGUGCUGCAAUAGGAACUAACUCUGUGGCUGCCCGAGAUGCCUGGCUGGUGACUGAGGAAGAGUAUACACCUCCUGCUGGUGCCAAAGUGAAUGAUGUUGUCCCUUGGGUUUUAGAAGUUAUUUUAAGUAAGCAUAUUAUCAGCCCCAACCCACAUGUGAGGCAAGCAGCUUGCAUCUGGCUCCUUUCGCUUGUGAGGAAGCUAAGUACCCACAUAGAAGUGAAGUCUCAUCUUAAGGAAAUUCAGAGUGCAUUUAUUUCAGUUCUGUCAGAAAAUGAUGAACUCAGCCAAGACGUUGCCUCAAAAGGGCUUGGGUUGGUUUAUGAGCUGGGCAACGAACAAGAUCAGCAAGAAUUGGUGUCUACACUUGUAGAAACACUUAUGACUGGCAAAAGAGCUAAACAUGAAGUUUCUGGAGAGACAGUGGUAUUUCAAGGAGGAGGCCUUGGCAAAACACCUGAUGGCCAGGGCCUUUCUACUUACAAGGAGCUUUGUUCUCUGGCAAGUGAUCUUAGUCAGCCAGAUCUAGUAUAUAAAUUUAUGAAUCUGGCAAAUCAUCAUGCAAUGUGGAACUCUAGGAAGGGUGCUGCUUUUGGUUUUAAUGUAAUUGCUACCAGAGCAGGAGAACAGCUGGCUCCUUUUCUGCCUCAACUCGUUCCUCGACUUUAUCGUUACCAAUUUGAUCCCAAUCUUGGAAUUCGACAAGCUAUGACAAGUAUUUGGAAUGCAUUGGUCACUGACAAGUCAAUGGUGGAUAAGUAUUUGAAAGAAAUUCUUCAAGAUUUGAUUAAAAACCUUACCAGCAACAUGUGGCGAGUUCGAGAAUCCAGCUGUUUAGCUUUGAAUGAGUUAUUGAGAGGAAGACCUUUAGAUGACGUCAUUGACAAACUUCCAGAAAUGUGGGAAACACUUUUUAGAGUACAAGAUGAUAUUAAGGAAUCUGUACGGAAAGCAGCAGAACUAGCUCUGAAAACUCUGAGCAAGGUUUGUGUGAAAAUGUGUGACCCUGCCAAAGGAGCAGCUGGCCAGAGAACCAUUGCUGUCCUCCUGCCCUGCCUUCUGGACAAAGGAAUGAUGAGUCCUGUGACGGAAGUCCGAGCCCUCAGCAUUAACACCCUUGUGAAGAUCAGCAAGAGUGCAGGAGCCAUGUUGAAACCACAUGCACCCAAACUCAUCCCAGCUCUGCUAGAGUCCUUAAGUGUGUUGGAGCCUCAGAUUCUCAAUUAUUUGAGUCUCCGCGCUACAGAACAAGAAAAGGUUGUAAUGGACAGUGCUCGGCUCACUGCCGCCAAGUCCUCUCCCAUGAUGGAGACAGUCAACAUGUGCCUGCAAUAUCUUGAUGUUUCGGUGCUGGGUGAGCUAGUUCCUAGGUUAUGUGAACUGAUCAGAAGUGGUGUAGGUCUCGGAACUAAGGGCGGCUGUGCCAGUGUCAUCGUAUCCCUGACUACUCAGUGUCCCCAGGACCUGACGCCCCACUCAGGUAAACUUAUGAGUGCUUUGCUUAGUGGUCUGACAGAUCGGAACAGUGUAAUUCAGAAAUCCUGUGCAUUCGCCAUGGGCCAUUUAGUUCGGACUUCACGGGACAGCAGCACUGAAAAACUGCUACAGAAGCUCAAUGGCUGGUACAUGGAGAAAGAAGAACCUAUCUACAAGACCGCUUGUGCUUUGACGAUUCAUGCAAUUGGAAGAUACAGUCCUGAUGUGUUGAAGAACCAUGCCAAAGAAGUUCUGCCCUUGGCGUUUCUAGGCAUGCAUGAAAUUGCUGAUGAGGAGAAAUCUGAAAAAGAAGAGUGUAAUUUGUGGACUGAAGUGUGGCAGGAAAAUGUACCUGGCUCCUUUGGAGGUAUUCGAUUAUACCUGCAGGAGUUGAUUACUAUUACCCAGAAGGCUUUACAGUCGCCAUCUUGGAAAAUGAAAGCCCAGGGUGCAAUUGCUAUGGCAUCAAUUGCAAAACAAACAAGCUCUCUAGUACCUCCAUAUCUGGGAAUGAUACUGAGUGCUUUGGUGCAAGGCCUGGCUGGAAGAACAUGGUCAGGAAAGGAAGAACUACUAAAAGCCAUUGCCUGUGUGGUGACAGCUUGCAGUACAGAGUUGGAAAAGUCUGUGCCCAAUCAACCCACCACAAAUGAAAUUCUUCAGGCGGUCUUGAAGGAGUGUUGCAAAGAGAAUCUCAAAUAUAAGAUUGUAGCAAUCUGCUGUGCAGCUGAUGUUUUGAAAGCCACCAAAGAAGACAGGUUCCAGGAGUUUUCUGACAUUGUCAUACCCCUCAUCAAGAAGAACUCACUUGAAAGCAUGGGAGUCCGGAGCACCAAAGCUGAAGAUGAAAAUGAUAAGGAAAGAGAGCUGCAGCUGGAGUCUUUGCUGGGUGCCUUCGAGAGCUUGGGCAAAGCAUGGCCCAGGAAUCCAGAAACUCAACGCUGUUACCGUCAGGAGCUCUGCAAACUGAUGUGUGAACGGCUGAGACUCAGCACAUGGAAAGUGCAGCUCGGUGUCCUCCAGUCGAUGAACGCCUUUUUCCAGGGGUUAAUGCUUUUGGAAGAAGAACAUGCUGAUCCUGAAGCUCUGGCUGAAAUUCUUCUUGAAACUUGUAAAUCAAUUACUUAUUCUUUAGAAAAUAAGACCUACUCAUCUGUGAGAACAGAAGCUUUAUCUGUGGUAGAAUUACUGCUUAAAAAACUUGAAGAAGCUAAACAGUGGGAAAGUCUGACAGCAGAAUGCAGAAGACUCUUGGUUGAGUCUUUAGCUACUAUGGAGACAGACAACAGACCCGAACUGCAGGAGAAAGCCUCAGUAUUGAAGAAAACACUUGAAAGUCUGGAAUGAGUGAGAAUGGGAGGAAAGAAACAAGUGCCAUGUUCUUUUGGGAUGGAAGUUUGGAAAUGGUGGUAUUCUUUAAAAACCAAGUGGGGGAGUAAAGAUUACUCUGUAGCAUGCAUCAUUCCUUGGCUGAAAUAAAAAAAAAAAAAAGCCUUAAAUUUUGCUUCUUAUUAGCUUUAUUUUACAUGUCUUUAAAGUAUGUGGGCUAAGUGUGCUUAGUAGAACUUGGGUUUUCAAAAGGUAGUUGUAAAUAAGUCUGCUAGCCAUUGUUGCUAAAAGAACUGAAACUAUUAUAAAUGGAAUACAGGGCAAAGCUGGAUUAAAAUCUUUGAAUUACAUCCAAGCUAAAGUUAUUGCAGGAAGGGAUCCUGUAAGUCACUCGAUUUAUAAUCCACUUGCAUACCCAAAGUAAUAGGGUUGGGGAUGACAGCUUCCUUCCUGAGGGCAGAGUCAAGGCCAUACCCAGAGUUUAAUGUCCUGUCCUAGAUACUUUUCUCAACCUGCUACAAAACCAGUGUUUACCUUGGCAUACCCUAGAAAUUCCCAAAGGGAGGUACAUUUAGGGUCUCAUACAACAGUUCUUAUACCAGAGCUAAACUGACUCUUUAUCACUGGGUUCUUGAAAGUCAGAUGCUGUGCAUUUCCUGUGUAUAGGUGGUCAAUUUUUAGGAAAUGGUUGUUCAGCAUGCUUACAGGUUGAGAAUAAUUGGGGUUCCAUAACAUUCUGAUUGAAGUCUUUUCACUAGAAGAUGAAAAUAGAUGGGAACAAGAUUGUUCUUCUAUCUGUAUCUGUGAUUAUGUAUUUUUUCAAAAUCUAAAACAACAGUAAAAGUUAGAGACUGCCUUGGUCUAGACCACUUAAAAUCUCAAAACUGUAACGGCAGCAUUUUCUACUGCUUUCAUGCGUACAGUGAGACGUGGUAGGAUAGAUGGAAAGCCUUUUAUUUAACUGUCUAGGGAUUUCUCUUUCUUAAAUGCCCUUUCUCGAAUUAGCAUGAUACCACUCCAGGAGAACUGCUCUUGCUGGGGUCCUCCCCUGCUUUCUGCUGCUCCUGCACCUGCUGAAGGGUGCAAAGUUGGUUUAACUUAAAGGUUUAUGGUAAGCUAAAAACUCUAUAGCUUGUCUUGGGUUCUGGAGCACAAAAUUAAUUUAUACAUCUGGUACUGUCCCCAUAAUGACAUCAACACCUGGAAUCUGUGUGUUCGAUAUUUUUGGUGGAAACUCAAUGUUUAUUAGUUUGGUAUUCUCUAGACCAGUGUAUUUAAAAUAUUUUUAACUGUGACUCAUAAUAAGAAUAACCUUUUACAUCAUGACCCAGAAUGUGUGUGUGUGUGUGUGUGUGUGUGUGUGAGAGAGAGAGAGAGAGAGAGAGAGGAGAGAGAGAGAGAGAGAUAGACGUAUGUAUGUUUGAAUGUAAAAUCUUUAACUGAAAUAAGUAUUUCUUGAAGAAAUAGUUAAGUUUGAUAUAUUUUCAUCUCUCUGUGUGUCUCGUGUUGUAAAUGUUCUUCAGACUCACUGCAUUUGUUUUCUAAUUCACAACUAGGUUGCUAUUCACGUUUGAACAAUACCAUCAUUAAUAGUACCUGAACUACUAUGUUUGGGAAUGUUUCUGAAUGAAAACUGUUUACAACUAAAAUAUUCAGUGCUCAGUAUCAUCUUGGCUGAUACUGUACUAUACUAGUGAGUUUGCAGAACAUCGUGAAUUUUAAGGAAUCUGUUGUAGAAUUGCAUUUAAGAAAGACUUUUGCUUUAGAGAAAAACAAAUGGCUUCAAAUGUUCUUCAGAAAGCUGUGGCCUCUCGGGUCUUGGUGUUUGGGGAUCAGCAUUGAAUGACUAAGGACCUGUCUGACUUGCAUUUGUAGUACCCAGGGUACUUCCAUGGCAAGAAUACAAUGCAGGUCAGGUGUGUUGAAGGUGAGAGUGUAAGGGCAAGAACAACAUACUUGGUCUGUAGCAAAUAUUGAAACCUCAUCAAAUUUUAUGCUUUUAAAGCUUUUUGUUAUUUAAUAUUGGGGAUUUCCCUUGGUGCUGAGAGUGGUGCUAAGACACCUGAACCUUAGUGCUAUUGAACUGCAUUUCUUUUACUUUCUUGAGCACAUUUCUAAUUUAUAUACUUAAUGCCUUCAUGUUUGCCAGUCAAAUCAUUUUCAUAGCUAGUAAUGUUACUGUUUCAAAUGUAGUUUGUAGUUGGUAUACAUAUGUUUAUUUUCAAAGGUUAAUAACCAGGACUUUGUAAUUGUGAAAUGUUGGGACUGGUGAACAGGAGGUAAAAGUACCUGUACAUUCAUUUAUAGAUCAUCAGUCUUUAUUUGCAAAAGCAUUCUUGAACAGGUUUGGUUUCUCUCUAUAUAGUUACUUCUAUUUGCCACACAAAUAACUAAUUUGUAGAACCUGUUUCUUAUUCCUGCCAUUAGUUCACUAACUAUAUCUUUAUUGAUAUGUGAAAAGGAGAUGUUUGAAAUGUGGCAGUUGGGUUGAACAUGAAAAUGGGCUACGGUUUUGUUGUCAAAAGCAGCUGUUUCAUUGAAUGUUUGUGCCCAAUUUACAGUUCCAAGGGGAUCUUGUCUAUAACACAGUCCACCUUUAUAAGGGGGCUACCAAAUCCCCAUUGCUUUGCCCUUCCUUUUUAAAAACUCAUGUAUUACUAAUCAACAAGGAAAAGAAUAAAGAUAUGACCUCACUGGUUGGUGCUCUGUCAGCAGUUGUGCUGUGUGAGCACUGCCUGCCCUUGGGGAACAUUUCUACCUGCUGCUGUCACAGUAUAUUCAUGCUGCUUGUUAAGUUCAGGGAGUUAUUUUGACAUUGGCACUUAUUGAACUGUGCAAUCUGUCAUUAAAUAGAUGUAUAUGUAACAGAUUUUUGUAUUUUAUAUGCAACUUCUUCAUAGAUCUGCAAUAUGUAAUUAGCUACCUAAGCAUGAAAUAGACUUACUUGAAAGGAAAACCUCACCUAUACCCCAAAGAUAUUAAAUGGUAAAUAAAAGCUGCAUGAUUUGGUGUUUUGAA